AACUCAUUCUGCUAUAUAAGGACGAAUACAUAAAUUCUUGCUACCAAAGUUCAUCUGUUUUUAUGUCAUUGUAGCUAUUCAAGUGAACAUGGCAGAGAGCUUUUCCGUUAAGCGAGGCCUUGCUGGAAUGUUUCAUUGGAAAAGUGAUAAAAAGGGAGACGAAACUUCGAAAGAAGAGGUUUCUGAACCAGAAAUUCCUAAAGAAGAAACUCCACAACCAGAAACUUCAAAAUUAGAAAUUCCUGAACAAGAAACUCCUGAACAAGAAACUCUUAAACCAGAGAAAAAGAAGAAUGUACACAGACGACAUCGCUCGCUCGUCACCGCUAGCGAGUUGCCAAUUCCAAGUUCUGGCGAUGAACUAACAGAAGAUGAACAAACGAAAACUCUGGAGGACGAAAAGGAAAAGUCUAAGAGUCGAUUCCGACGUAGUCUGACAUUCAGACGAUCAAAGAAGAAGAAGAAACAACGACAAGAAGAAAAAGAAAAACAGGAGCCUCUGCCGAUAGAGAUCCUUCUAACCCCACCAGUAGUGGACAACCUGAACGCCGAGGAAAUUGUUCCACAGCUAGUCAGUCAAGACGAUGGAAGCCCUGAUGUUGGAGUAGAAGGAGUCAUAGACGCCAUGGGCGAAAACAUCGAAGUCCCAGAUGUUUCCACAGAAAUCCAAGAGAUUCAAAGUGUAGUUUCUGACAAAAUCGAACCCGACGGGGACGAAUUAAUGGAAGUGAUCAAGAAAGUUGAGAGUCUCCAGAACCUACAAGACAAGAUUGGCGUGCCCUCAACCGGAACCUACUUAGAAGUGCACGCGAUGUUCAAAGGUCUUGGAUUAAACACCGACAAUUUUCUUCUGGCCAGCUCAAUUUCUUCCCUUCUUCAGUACGAAAUGUCCGUGUGUGCCUAUGGUUUUGGCCUUGUAAAACUAGACGUUCUUUGGAAUUCCCUGCUGAAUCGUGCGCAACAAGCAAAAGAAGCCACAAGACAAGUUCUGGUGUAUUUCAUUAGGCCUUUGAUCAAGAAAUACCCCCACUACUUCAUAACUGCGAUUAAACAACGAAAAAUGAUCGAAAAGGCUCAAAAGAAGAUCGAAGCGGCAAAACCGAUUGAAGAGACACUGUUGUGAGCAGUAACAAACUUUGAAGAGGGCAGUUUGCGUAGCUCACUUGAAUUACAAGAAUCUGACAUAUGAACUGCCAUCACGAGCUUAAAAAAAAACGUUUGAGGAUUGUGGACAUGAUCAAAGAACGAUGGCUA